UUUACCUAAAAUGUGCGCAUUUAUUUUCCAUAUAAAAUUUUGACUUGCAAUAAAUGAAAAUGAAAAUUAAAUUCUAACUACAUUAAAUAGAAUAUUACGGUUGAAGAUACAAGAUUUUCAAUUGCAAUUCGUUUAUUCCUAGUAAUAUUUUUUAAUUUUUUUUAAUCGAGAAAUUAUACGAGAAAUUGAUUAAAUUGAUUGAAGACGAGAAUUGAUUGGGAUAUAUUUUCAUUAUGUUCAACAACUAUCAUUAAGAUUAAAGAUAUUUUAUAUGGAUGGCAAGUAUUACACAUUCUAAAAAAGGUUCAAUACAAGCUCAUUUCAAACCAAAAAAUGUUUAUUCAGAAGAAACAAACUUUUAUAACAAAGAUCGACCCACUGCAUCUAUAAAGAUUACAACACCAAAUUUUCAAAAAAAGAUAGAAAAAACUUUUAUAUUUGUCAUUGAUGAUACAAUAUGGGAAGCCAAACAAAAAGUUUUGACAGAGUUUUCAAACUUGGAAUUCAGAGACCCUUUAAAUUUUGGAUUUUACUUACCUCCAAAUUCUGGAAGAGCUGGAAAGUUUUUAGAUGAGUCAAGAAUAUUAAAAGAUUAUCCAAUGGCCCUAUCGGAGGCUCAACUUGAAUUUCGAUAUAAACGAAGAAUAUUUCGUCACAUUCAUACACAAGAUGAGAAGAGGUUAUUAAAGAUAAAUACCAAGAAACACCAAAAAAAAUUCAUGGAGUUUAUAACAGCAAGAAAUAUCACAGAGAUGGAGCAUUUGUUAGAAAAGGGAUUGGAUCCUAAUUUUCAUGAUGAAAAAUCAGGAGAUACACCAUUAAUAGUAGCCUCCAUGAUGGAUGACUGCAUUGCUAUUUUGAAACUUCUUGUCAUGUUUGGCGCUUAUUUGGAUUUUCGUUCACAUAGUGGUUUAACUGCUUUGCAUGCAGUGGCAAAUAUUGGAAAACUUGAGUCAAUGAAGGGUUUGCUUGAUCUUGGUGCUUCUCCAAAUUACAGAGACGCGAGUGGAUUUACGCCGUUGUAUCAUAGCAUAGUGUCGGGUUCAAGUCCUAAUAUUAGCCAGUCUUUAUUAUAUGAAAGAUCUGAGAUUGGUAUUAUUGAUUUACAUGGUUUUUCAGAAAUCCAUCAAGCCUGUAAACACGGUCAUUCUCAACAUCUGGAACAUCUUAUAUAUUACGGAGCUGAUAUGAAUUCUAGAACGUCAUCUGGAAGUACACCAUUGCAUAUAUGUGCGCUUGAAAAUCAGGAAUCUUGUGCGAGAGUGCUAUGUUUUCGUGGUGCUGAUCGAAACUUGCGCAAUUAUUCUCAACAAACACCAUAUGAAGUUGCGAUUGUUGCUAAUAAUUUUGAUGUUGCGGCUGUUAUAAAUGAAUUUAAUGAAUCCGAUGUUAAAAGAUUUAAUGAAAAGCCUGUUUUUAGUAAACGGCGUUCUAAAAGUUCUAGUAAGAAUUCUAACCAAUUAGACAUUUCGUCUUUAGCACCAGCAACAGUUAAUACAAGUUCGCUUCCUCCGACUAUUUGCUCUGUAGACUCACCGAACUCUGUCUCAAACAUUGAAGGCAUCCAAAAGCCUGAAAUCCCAAGUAACUCUUUAAACCCUUAUUCUGAAAUGUUACCUGAUUAUUCUGAAUCUGAAACCGAUUCUGAAGACGAUAGUGGGAUUAAAUCCAAAUCUAAUAGACGAACAUUUUCUAAUGGUGGUCUCGGAACGCAACGUUCUCCCGCACCGAUUAAAAUAAAGCAAACUGUACCAAUAACAUUAAGAAAACGUUUAUAUGCUAGCGUUCCAGGGCGUCAAUAUAUUGCCAUUACUGAUUAUGAACCUACUCAAGCUGGAGAAAUUAAAUUAGACAAGGGUGAUGCUGUUGAAGUACUUUAUAUAGGAGAGCAAGGCUUUUGGGAAGGGAAAGUCGAAAAUCGUGCUGGUUGGUUUCCAGGUUAUUGCGUUCAAGAGAUUAGCAAAUCAUUAAAUGGAGCAGACAAAAAACGCUCAUGGUUCGGAUCUAAAAAAUCUCCUAUUGAUAUAGUUGAUAAAGUGUCUAAGCUGGACACUCCGAAGGAGCGCGAAGUGGUAUUAAAGCGUGGUGACAAAGGUUAUGGUUUUCAAAUGAGAGGUGCAAACUCUCAUGUUCCGCACAUUGAAUUUCAUCCAACUCCUCAGUUUCCAGCUUUACAAUAUAUAGGCGAGGUUGAUAAAGGAGGAAUAGCAGAUAAAGCUGGGUUAAAAGCGGGUGAUUUUGUUUUAGCAAUCAAUGGUGAGGAAGUUAUUAGUGCUACACAUGGUUACGCUGUUUCACUAAUUAACAAAGGUGGUAAAUCAUUAACCAUCAAAGUUAUAACUGUCGCUCCGGAAAUAGUAAACCCAGAACUCAUUUUACAAAAUGGUAGCCUUCGUUCAAAAGAUGCUUCUGAGUUAAAAGAGUCUUUAAAAGCAGCAGGAGUCAAUAUUGUUGAAAAAAAUAAACCUCUGCCACCGACUCGGUCUAUAACGACAUCAUUAUCACAAUUUGGAAAUGAAGAAGGCGAAUCCUCUCUAUUAUCUGAGGCAGCCAUUGCAUUAGAAUCAGAGACAGUUGUACUUGAAAAAUCUAAUUUUCGCAAUACGAGCAUGAAAGGAAUGUGGGCAGGAAACGCUUUUAAAUUAAAAGGGGAAGAAUUGAAAAUUCGUGAUGAAGAUAUUAGUCGUGGAAUUUCGCGAAGACAGAAAGGACUUACUUGUGAUUUUGCUUCCGACUUUGAUCAAAGGUUUAAGCUAAUAACAAAACAAUAUGAUACAAAGUUUAAUUCGAAUCCUUCUCUUGCAAAUUUAUCCUUCGAAGAAAAGUCUGAAAAUAUGUCUAAAAAUAGUAAAGCUGUCCCUCAAAUAACUCCACCUGACUAUGACAGUACGAUAGAAAAUAUUCGAAAAGGACGUACAAACUCACUUAGCGGAACUGAAAAUAAGCCUAAUAAAAAUAUUAUACCGCAAGAGAUAAUUGAUGUUAUGCGUUUUGAAAUAACUAGUAACUAUGAUUUUAGAAGUACGUCAAGUUAUUCACCUGAAGAUUAUAAUCAACAAGAUGGGAAGAGUGCAGUAGCUCAUACUGUUUUAUCGGCGCAUCAAAACAUGCUCUAUAGUACUGAUAGCAUAGCACGAUUAUCAUCUCCAGAAGGUUCUAAAACAAUUCCUUUUGUUCAUCAAGACAAUAUAUCUCGACAAACACUACAAGUUGAUGGAUUAGUUCGAAUGCAGCAUUUACGUCAGCAACAGAUGAAAAUUCCUCCAAUUCCAACAGCAAUGCCUCCGCCACCGCCACUUUCUGAAAAUCGCUCGCCAUCACCCCAAUUUAGUAACUAUAUUCCACCUCCUCCGCAACUACCAUCGUUAAAUUCUUUGGCAUAUUCUAAAACUGAAACUACUUGCAAUUCUAGUAAAACAACUAUUGACAAUAAUUUAAGAAAAUCUGGAGAUAAUAGUAUGAAUGAUCAUGACCACUCUUCGGUUCUUUCUCAAGCAAUUGCAGCACGAGCAGCAAAAAUUUCAAAAACGACAGACUUAUCCACAGAUUUAUCUAAUACUAAAAAAACAAACUUAACCGCUUCCUCUCUUGUUACUAAAAAAACAGAACUGGACAAUAUUUCAUCGGUCGCUAAAACAACUGAUUCCGGGUUACCAAUAACUAAAGAAACUUCUGAAUCUGAAAAUUUAAAAGAAAGUUUUUCUAAAAAAAAUUUUUUUAAACCAGAUUCCGAGAAAGUUGAAAAUGAGAUUGAAAUUGAAGAUAAAGAAAAAAAAUCGCUAGUUACCAUGAAGAAUGUUUCUCUUACAUCAAUAACAAAAUCACCUGAAAUAAAAGCACAAAAAAAAGAAUUGCCGCCUUCGACUAAACCAAAACCCAAAAAAAACGCUUCAGAGAACACUAAACUAAACACAUCUUUUGUUGUUACAGAUUCUGUUUCUAACGGUUCAAAUGUUAACAACAAAAAUGCUACCACAUCGGACUUAACUAAUGUUGACGUUGCGGUAAUCUCCGACGUUAAUAAUAGUAGCAGUGAAAUUAUUCCAAUUGUUAUUAACAGCAAAAGUCAGAAAGUUUCGUUGUCAGAACAAAUAGCAACAUCAUAUUUAGAUGGAGUAAUAGCUGACGCUGAAGCUAGCCUCGAUUAUGAAUUAAUUUUGAGUAAUCGCACAGCCACAAACAGCGGUUCAGAAGUAUUAAGUGAACUUUUACCUCCUCCACCAUCGAAUGUAAUCCAGCUUACAGAUUAUAACGAUCUUCGUGAUGAGUUUCUUCCUCCGCCUCCAAACGAUCUUCUUUCCGAGAUUGAAAAUGAAAAGAUAACGAAUAACAAACACAUACCUGACAAGAAUGAUACCGCAUUGGCAAUACCAAUGACUAUUUUACCAAGGAAGAUAGCUGAAAAACAUUUUAAGGAAUGGACAGUAAAUGAUGUUGGGGAUUGGUUGGAUUAUUUAAAUUUAAGCCAAUAUAAAAAAACUUUCUCAGAUAACGACAUAAUGGGAAAUCAUCUUUCUGAUCUUACAAAAGAUGAACUAAGAGAGUUAGGUGUGGAUAAAUUGGGUCAUCGAAAAACUAUAGAUGAUGCCAUAAAAAAACUUUUAAUCAAUAGUUAAGGCAUGAAAUCUUUAUAAUAUACGCGUGUUUGUGUUUAUAUACAUACAUACACACACAAACACGAACACACACACACACACGUGGGACAUCGAAUUUUGGGUAGGAUUUAGCAAAGACAAAAGUCAAAUUGCAUCUGUUAUUUAGCCUUUCGCGAAAUUUUCGGCAAGCAAAUUUUGUGUUGUAUUUCUGCGGUUAAUUGUAUGUAUGCAUGUAUAUGUAUGUGUGUGUAUAUAUAUAUAUAUAUAUAUAUAUAUAUAUAUAUAUAUAUAUAUAUAUAUAUAUAUAUAUAUAUAUAUAUAUAUAUAUAUAUAUAUAUAUAUAUAUAUAUAUAUAUAUAUAUAUAUAUAUAUAUAUAUAUAUAUAUAUCUGUGUGUGUAAAAGUGUAUUUUUUUUUUUUUUUUUUUGGAAAAUGGAAAUCGUCACUUUUUUCCAUAACAGAAUGAAUCCUAUAUUAGUAUUUGUUGAUUUCUGUCUUUUUUUUUUCAUUUAUUGUUUUCUUAUGGAAAUAAAAUAUAAACUUAAAAAUGAACUAUUUACGUGAAGAUUUUAAUAUAUUAUUCUUUAAGAUUAUGAUUAUAUUUUUUGUAUUUAACAAAUAUUCAAAAUGGAAAGAAUGUCUAUUUUUGCAGAAAAAAUAUCUUGAAAAAAAAGGUGUUAUUUGACAUUACUUAUUGGUUUUAUAUUCAUGAAGUGCUAUUUUCAUAAAGUGUAAAUGAUUUCCGAAUAAAAUUAAUUGUAAACGCAAA